AUCAUUAUUGUCUGAAUAAAGAGUGAUGUGUUUUGUAGAAAGUUGCAAUAUAUUUAUUACACUAAAUUAAACUUCAUGUUUAGAUUUGAUUACACAUGUUAGUCUGCGCAACGCAAGCGUAAUGCGGGCAAAAAUGGUUAAUCAAUGACGUUUGAUGAAAAUCAAGUCUAUCUCCUAAAAUUAAAGAACAUAUAAAUAAUAAACAUUCAGUAAGCAUUUUUAUAUUAUUGUGUUUACUAUUCACAUACAAGUUUUCGACGAGAAAUUGAUACCUAAAAUCUCUUUGGAAGUUGGAAUACAACAGUGAAUGAAGAUCCGAAAUAGAAACUGAAGCAGCCAUUUUGGAUUCGUAUAUAUGACGCAUUGUUUAUCAAGAAUUUUCACUUUUUCUUAGAAUUUUCGAAUUUCUAAGUCGAGACAAUCAACAAUUCUCAAUUUUCGAAUACGGUAGUAACGUUUUUUCAUUACUGGAAGCAAUUGUGAAGUAAAAUAAAGAAGAGCAAAUGUUGAAAUCGCCAGCAAGUUCUACAUGAAGUCGGCCAUCAUCACAAGAUGCGCCUAGCUUGGCAAGCGGGUUUGUGCUAGGUGCUGUGUGUUGUGUUGAUCCAAAUUUUUUAACUCUGCUGGUGUGGAUUAAACAUCAAAAUAACAAAAUCGGGGAUACAAUACAAUGCGUUUUGCACUCUAAAAUGGAUUCCCUAAUAAUGGGGUUUCAUUUUGAAGACUGCUGUUUUUGGUCCAGCUGAUUAUUAGGCCUGGGUCACAUGAGAUUUUUUCUCUACUGGCUUAAGGGUGACAAUGCAGCAAGGUGAAGCCUCUGUCCAAAGUAAAACGUCUCUGGACAGUAACCAACAAACAUCAAGAAUUGAAGCAAUGGAGCCUAUAAACGGAGUAGUGCAACCCCCAGUUCAGCCGCCUCAGGAUAAGCCAGGGCCGGUGACAAACCAGCUGCAAUUUUUGCAAAAGACCGUUUUCAAAGCAGUAUGGAAGCAUCGGUUUUCGUGGCCAUUCCAGCAUCCUGUGGAUGCCAAAAAACUUGGAUUACCGGACUAUCACAAAAUUAUCAAAACUCCUAUGGAUUUGACCACAAUAAAGAAAAGACUGGAAAACAAUUAUUACUAUUCAGGAAAAGAAUGCAUUCAGGAUUUCAACACAAUGUUUACGAAUUGCUAUGUAUAUAAUAAACCAGGUGAAGAUGUCGUUCUGAUGGCUCAAUCGCUGGAAAAGGUAUUUCUGACUGAAGUUGCGAACAUGCCAAAAGAAGAAAUAGUUAUAACGCCCCCAGUCAAAGGUCCUAAAGGAAAGAAGAACGCUGCUGGUGCCACCGGCCAAGGGCGAGGUAGGCCCCCGGCUGCUGUCUCAUCAACUGUUCCAACUCCAGUUGGUACUACCACAGGUUCGUCCGGACUGCCAUUGAGCCAAAGCGCGUCUGUUCCUGGAAGCACAGCAACCCCCACAAUACCCUCGGUAAAUUCUAGCUCUCUUCAAUCUCAAGCACCUUCGGCUGCAGGGCAUCAUGCUGCUGCUUUGCCGGUAAACAACCUAGAUGGCAAUAAUUCUGUAUUGCCCAACGUAGUUCCUCCCUCACAACCUGCGAAGGUGAAAAAAGGUGUGAAAAGAAAGGCGGAUACAACAACGCCCUCUGCAACUGCUUAUGACUACAACCCCGCCCUUGAACCUUCACCUGCCAAAGUUGCAACUAGGAGGGAAUCUGGCAGACAGAUCAAAAAGCCCACUAGGCCCGAAUUAGAUGGCAUGGUGCCAUAUCAUCAGCCUGGCAUUCCACCAAUCAUCGCUAACGCUCAGGUUGUACCGCAACAUGCAUCCCACAAGUCUCGUGGCAAAUUGUCGGAAUCGAUGAAGGCCUGUAGUGAAAUCCUCAAGGAGUUGUUCUCGAAGAAGCAUUCUAGUUACGCAUGGCCUUUUUACAAACCAGUAGAUGCACAACUGUUGGGCCUUCACGACUACCACGACAUAAUCAAAAAACCGAUGGAUCUAGGCACUGUCAAACAAAAAAUGGAUAACAGGGAAUAUAGAACGGCCCAAGAAUUUGCCGGCGAUAUUAGACUGAUUUUUACAAAUUGCUAUAAAUACAACCCUGAAGACCACGACGUUGUUGCCAUGGCGAAGGUCCUACAGGAAAUUUUUGAAACAAGAUUUGCCAAGGUACCUGAUGAGCCCAUAGGUAGAAUGUCUACGAAAUCUGAGUCUAGCUCUUCUGGAUCUGGCUCUGAUUCUUCGAGUGAUACAGACGAUUCAGAGGAAGAUCGGAGGAAAAAGCUUAAGCUAUUGGAGAAACAGGUUCUCGCUAUACAAGAGAAAAUAAAGAGUCUUGAAGAAGAAAGUUCGAAAAAGAAAAAAGAGAAGAAGAAGGCGAAGGAGAAACCUAAUAAGAAGGUUCUUCCAAACAGUAGCAGCAGUGGUAUGGGUAAACCAUCAUCUCACGCUAACAAAUCAAAUUCUGUGAUGUCGGACAGCGUGGAUGAUAGCAUAGCCAGUGUUGUAUCCGGUGCCGAUCUUAAGAUGGCUGGUGAAGCUCAUCACUCCGCUGGCAAGUCGUCGCUUAACAUGCAUCACAACGCUGCACCAGCUCCGAAUGCCAACGCGAAACCGCCCAAGAGCAAAGGAUUGCGUGGUGCCAAACCGGCUGCGGCCCCGAAUGCACCAAAUAAGAGAACUAAGGCUAAUAACAAGACUGGUGCUGGAAGGAAGAAGAAUGCGGCUCCGGCAGUAGCCUUGCCUUUCGAUUCAGAAGACGAGGAUAAUGCCAAGCCAAUGUCUUACGAUGAGAAACGCCAGCUGUCUCUGGAUAUUAAUAAAUUGCCAGGCGAUAAAUUAGGUAGAGUUGUACAUAUAAUCCAGUCAAGGGAACCCUCACUCAGGGAUUCGAAUCCAGAUGAAAUAGAGAUAGACUUCGAGACUUUGAAACCUUCCACGCUCAGGGAAUUGGAAAGCUAUGUUGCCUCAUGUCUACGUAAAAAGCCACGUAAGCCCUACUAUAAAAAGAUGCCUGGCAAGUCGAAAGACGAACAAAUUGCUGAAAAGAAACAGGAAUUGGAGAAAAGACUGUUAGAUGUUAAUGAUAAAAUUGGAAACUCUAAGAAGGGAGGCAAAAAAGAAGAUGCUGGCAAGAUGGAUUCGAGUGCUGGUGGGCCAUCCGGUAGGCUCUCAUCGAGCUCCAGCAGCUCAGAUUCUGACAGCAGCAGUUCUAGUUUGACGAGCAGCUCCAGCGAUUCAAGUGACAGCGAAGCAGGUACACCAGGUCGACCUCCCAAAAAGAAAAGUAAGAAAUCCCCUAAUCCAUCUGCUGGAAAUAUCGUAACAAACCCCAUGAACAUAGUGAAACCACUGACGGCGCCGGUACCACCACAGUCCAUAGAAAAUUCUAGCGUGCCACCGACCAACAUGCUGAACCAAACCAACGGUAAACCGAGUGACAUCGGCAUUCACCGCAACCAGCAACAGGUCCAAAACGACAAACCACCGGUUACCGCUGUAACCAACGUGCCGAUACAGAAUACAAUGUUGACGGCAGCCCCGCAGGGUCCUAAGACUGUACCUAUGCCAACGCCAUCUCCCGAUAAGCCCAAAAUGGCUUUGGACCCAAUGCCAAACACCUACACCGACCCGCUGGAGCAAUCGUUGGCCAGCCUUGAGCAUGAUAUCAUAGCCGGCAACCAACCGACCGCCAGCAUGGCAGCUGGCAUCGCGCAAAUGCCACCCUCCCUUAGCAACCCCAUGAUGAAACCAAAUAUCCCCCAAGUUCCUAACCCUCCUAUGUUGCAGCAGCAACAAAUGGAACCCAAGCAGCUCCAGGCUAUGAGCAAUGCACUGUACCCAAUGUCGCAGCUCCACGAUCCCCACCACCAGUCCGAUCUCCCGCCCACCUCGAUGAUCCAUCCAAUCACCACACAGUCGAACAUGAUGCACGCCAGCAACAACGGCUAUGGUAUGAAGCACGACUAUAUGCAGACCAACAACAACGGUAUGGCUUCCAUGGGCAUGGUGAUGCCCUCUAUGUUUGAUCCACUGCCGCAGCCGAACAGCAUGCCGCACAAGAAGGAGCAGCAAGACCAGAUGAAGCACGAGGACUAUGUCAACGCCAUGUCGGCUCAGAUGGCCGCUGACAAGAAGCCGAUGGAGCUGAAAGCUCCGGUGUACGGGCAGAGCUUCAAGGCCAAACAGGACCAGAAUAUCAAGAACGCCAGUUCUUGGUGCAGUUUAGGCAAGGUGAACUCUCCUCAGAACGCCGCAGGUAAUAGCAAGCAGCAAUCGGCCGUUAUAGAUAGCUUUAAGGCGUUCCAGAAUAAGGCCAAAGAGAAACAGCAACGUCUAGAGAACUUGGAAUUGAAAAAACAGCAGAAGGAACAGGCGGAGAGGGAAAGGCAAAGGGCUGAACUCGAAAGAAGGAAAGAGAGAGAAGAGGAGGAUGCGUUAGAGAAAGCAAGGAAAGCUGUAGCAGAACAGCCCAUUCCUGUAGCUAGGGUAGAAGAAUUGAGGUCUGCUUCCUCUCCUGCUGACGGAAACCUAUCUCCUGGGGCACAAGCUACAGUGUCAGGAAAUAUAGAUAGGGAAAGACAAAGAUUGCUUGAACAAGAAAGAAGACGUAGAGAAGUGAUGGCGAAUAAAAUAGACAUGAAUAUGCAAAGUGAUUUGAUGGCUGCAUUCGAAGGCUCAUUAUAAUAAGAACUGUGAGAAGUGUGUUUGAGAUAGAUGACUUGCAGUAACGAAUGUAAAAAAGAACUUGUAUUAAAGGUGUUGCAGUUCAGUUCUACCAAAACAGAAAAACUACAAAGAAAUUUGAUCGCUCAAAAAAAAAAUUACGUUGACGCUUCCAACAUUGACCUACUAUUCAGAAGUUGGAAUAUAACUGAUUAGUAAAUGUAAUGUAGCUCAUGUUUUUCUUUAUAAAACUGUAGUUUCAUUACUCUAAGUUUAUGUAUAUAACUUAUUGUAGAUUAUAAUUAUAUGUACAUAGACUUCAUUUCUAAUAAUAUAAUUUAGUUUCUUGGGAAACUAUUAAUUUAAUCGAUAUUCAACAAAAUCUAUUUAAAAUGAUGUAAGUGCAUCAUUAAAUUAACUAUUUCAGAAUUAUUUUCGGGAAAUUUUUGAACCUUCUUAAGGUAUUAGCAAUUCUUUUUUCCUAACUACUAAGUGAAUCUUUUAUGACGAUUCUUUUCAUAUUAAAAUUAUAUUUUCAUUAAUUUCACUCAAAUUAUUUAUUAACUUAAUUGAAAUUUUUGUUAUUGUAAUUGAAUGAAUUUUUGAAAUUAUUACCUCAGCAAAAAAGAAUCAUUUUACAGUUUGUUCGAUUUUAUAUUCCUAUGGAUAAUAUUUUACGAUUUAUUUCUGAAAUUAAUUCAGAGUUGAAAUUUUUGCAAUGGUGUCGCAUUUAAUUGAUGUUUUCGCUGUGUAUAUCUAUCAUUCUAAAAUUUGCUUCCACAUUUCUUUCUUUUAGUUGCAUAAUUUUUAGUCUUCCUCACUUUUAGGAACUCAAGUAUGUGAGAUUUUCUCUUCCAUUCAGUUAACUUUGAAUGGUCCACAUAUUUCUUUGCCGUGAAAAUGAAUUACCAAUUUUAGUGAUAUUUGAAUUUAAUGUAUAUAUAAAUAGUUUUUUGGGUAUUAAAUAAAGAAGAUCAAAUUAUUUCUACUUAGUAAUAAUUUUAUACUGUCCACUUUUUACAAAAUACCCAAUAUCUUUGAUGUGCUCUGAAAGUACUCAAUUUUUUUAACAGUGAAAAUCGAUCUUUCUUUAUUGAUGAGAUUGGUUCCUGAUGAUUUUUAGUUAAAAUCUGUUUAAUAAUAUGUUGAUUAUUGUAAAUUAUAAUGUAUAGAUAUUUAUAAAAAAAAAAUAUAUGAAUUGUACAAAAAAGUUGUGUCUACUUCAUGCAAUGGAAUAAUUUUUAUAUUGAAGUGAUUGUAUAAACUUAUUAAGUUUAAUUGUUUUCACCAAAAUAAAUUGUAUACUAAUUAAUUCCUUUGAGUUUCUUUGUUGUCAAACUUUCUAUUGGGUGGCUCAUAAAUUAAUACAUAGAGCUGUUCAAAAGGACGCUUCUCAGCAAUAAAUGUAAAAAUCAGCACAAUUUGAAAAGAAAUAUUCAAUAUUUUGUUUCAUAGUAGAAAAUUUUUUCUUUUUGGGUUUUGAAAAAGUUAAUGUUCGUUUUUUGAUGUUUCUAUUGAUCUUUUUCUACAACUAGAUUUAAAUCAUCUAAACUUGAACAGCUCUUGGUUUUAUUCUGCUCAUUUGAAUUGGAAAGCAGAAGAUGAGUUCUUUUUGGACACUCGAGGCAUUAAAUUCCAAAUUGAAUUAAUAACAUUCAAAAAUCGGAAAUGAUCCAAUUUACAUUUUAACGAUAAAUUCUGUCCAUAAUCUUCUACUUUCCUAUCAUGUUCUAAUUGAUAUCAAAUUAAACAUUGUGAAUAAAUUUGUAGGGAAAAAUUUUAAAGAAAAAAAAUCAUUAUUUCAAGCAAUAUUCUUAUGAAUGAUGAAUUUAUAUUCUGAUUAAAUACCUGUUAUUAAAUUUUUAAGUGUGUAAACUUGUGCAUUGGCUUGAAAUUCUUUGGUAUAAAAUUUUGUAUGUAAGGAUCCAGGUGUGUUUCAGGUUAAAGAAUUAAAGCCAAACUAGCAUUGUUCAUUGAGAAUUUUGCAAUUUGUGAACUCUUAUUUUCCAACGAUGUUUAUUUUUCAAUGAUGUGUACUAUAAGACAUGUAUGAUUUAUAUUUUUGAAGCGAGUCAUUGAAUGAUAGUAGUAAUGUUAGGAAAUAAACUAUUUUAAAGUGCAA